AUGGAGCUCGAUCCCUUUAUUAUCGUGGUGUUUGGGCCGCCGCCACCUACGGUUAACCUCGCGGAGGACAGAACAGUGGGGAGUUACUUCGCAGUCGGCUUCCUACUUUCUAUCGCGUUCGUGUCGGUUGUGCUAAGGAUAGUGGCAAGGAUCACGGCGCGGUUAGGGCUGAUGGCGGAUGAUUACUUCAUAAUAGCUGCGCUCGUGUUUUCGAUUGGUACCGCGGCCGCAACAGUAGCUGGGAAUAUAUUCGGCAUCGGUACCCACGUAUGGACCAUAUCGAAGUCGGAUCUUAUCCCAAUCUUAAAGAUCACCUAUAGUUAUACCAUCAUCUACACCGUUGCUAUCCUUUGUAUAAAGCUCUCACUUCUUUGCUUCUACUACCGACUUUUUGGCAUGUUCGGGAAUUUCUGGAGAAUGAGCCUCUUCCUAGGGGGAUUUCUUACUGUCGGUCAUACAAUUUCCGCCUGGAUUUCACUUGCAAUCAUGUGCAGGCCCAUAUCCGCCAUCUGGGACCAAUAUCUUGGCAUUGUUCAAGCAAAGUGUAUCGACAUUAAAGCGGCAUAUAUAUCCUACGCAAGUAUCAACAUUCCACUAGAUAUCCUCAUCCUAGUGAUCCCUAUCCCGCAGAUUCUCAAACUCCAAAUGUCAAUGCGCAAAAAACUUCAGAUAUGCACCUUAUUUUCGCUCGGUAGCUUUGCGUGUAUCGCCGGCAUCGCGCGACUAUUUUACUUGGUCAAGUACACGCAAGAAGUCGACUUGGCAUGGACCUUGAGCCCAGUAGGCAUUUGGUCCUCCGUGGAACCUUCGAUCGCAAUCCUCACAGCUUGUCUACCAAUUAUUUAUCCACUUUUCCUCCGCUGGGGUGGCAAGUUGCGGUCCGUAAAGAGCACCGAAGCCACCGAAGGGUACCCGUCCCGGCGACAGGAGUAUCGUGAAAACAGAAGAUUAAGAAGAGACGACGAUGAGAUCGCGUUGGCAAGUUUCGCUGAUGGUGGACCACCGGAACGGUCUGACCACACACUUCCUUAUGGUGUCGUCGUUCAACAUAGCAUUAAACAGUCGAACUCCUUCCAAGUAGGUGAAGCUAUAUGA